AUGGACGUGAUCUGCGGUAUCCCGUAUGGCCGCAGCUGCCUCUGGCUCACGCCUGGAGACGCCAUUCGCAACACCAGUGACGCGCAUGUCGUGACGUUGAUAUACGCCACCGUGCCGCAGCCGUGGGUCUCGUGGGCCUGGAUCAAGCUUUUCUACCGGCUCGCGACGACCUUGCUGGUGUGGCAUCGCCUCUGGCAUCGGUAUUUUGUGCACGUUCUCGCGCUCGAAGACGCGGUGCGUCGGUGCGGCCACCGCCACAAGCCGGGCGUUUGGUCCUAUGAAGUACUCGCGGGUGACCCGACAGCCAUCGUACUGCUCGACCCAUGGAUCGCAUCCGCCUUUUACAUGGACGUGUGGCUCAGUGUCACCAACCUCGCCAUGGCCGUCAUUCAACAAAUGCAGUCCGCGGAUCUCUACAUCAAGCUGCUCAGCGGCACCUACCUCUCCCGCACGGUUUGGUUUGCCUACUGGAGUCUCUGCCUCGUCUCCAAACUGCUCAAGCGAUACCGAAUCGAGCACCAUUUCGCCGAGGUCGACCCGACGCUUCUCGCGAUCGCUGUGAGUGUUUACGGCCCGCUCCUCACGUCGCUGAACGCUCACUUGCCGCCCAUGGUGGCGUUCUACCAGUGGUCGUUUACGUACUUUACGGCCGUGGACGCCCGAGACGACCAAAUCGAAGUGUCCUUGGCAAUCGCGGUCUAUACACUCAACAUUGCGAUCCUGCCCGUGCUCUAUGGGUUCCUCCGCCGCUGCUGCUGCAAGGCGAGCCCAUUUCGCCGGCGCAACUAUAGCAGCUACACGUACAACAACUUCAAGAGCCGGCUCGUUUUCGACUGCUUUCGGCUCCUUCGACCGGGGGCGACUGCCCUCGGCGGCAGCAUCCACGAAGCCAUCGAGCGCGAUCCGCACCUCAAGCACUGCCCCACCAUCAGCUUGCGCGCCACCGACUGCUUCCUCGUUGCCUACUGCAACGGGCAACGUCAAGAGACGCUACGACUGAGCUUGCUCUCUUGCAUGGACACCCGGGGCGUCAGUGACGCUAGCAAUGCGUCGACGUUUCCGUUUAAUGUGCUGACACGUCCGCCGCAAGCAGAGCUGCUCGAUCCCGAGUCGUCGCUGCCACUCAUCUACGAGAUCCAGCGACCAGCCGCGCCGUCGGCGUGGUGUCUGUAG